UAAAUCCCUCCUCCCUAGGAUGCAAGCCCUCCUCUAGUCUGUGUGUCUCUCCCUCUUACUGUCACAGAUCAUCCCUGCUCUCUCUGUCUGCCCCUUCCCCUGCUCUCCUCUGUCAGCCUAGCAGCAUCCCUGAGCCCCUUCCCCUGCUCUCCUCUACCAUCCUGGCAGCAUCCCUGAGCCCCUUCCCCUGCUGUCCUCUGUCAUCAGCUUGGCAGCAUCCCUGAGCUGCCAGAACCAGGGUACCACUAGGCAUCCCUCAUUGUGUGCCUCUCCUCCUCUACAUCCCAAUUCCUUGCUCUCUGAAUCCUUUCCCAUUCCCCUCCUCAUCCCCCCCACCCCUCUUUAUCCUUUCUCUGUCUCUCCAUUACUCCCCCCUCUCCUCUGUGCCUCCCCCCUCCCCCUCUCUUUCUGCCACAUCUCUCCUCCUGCCGCAAUGGUACAUGUUUUAGCGGCGGGCAGCCUUUUCUUCCCAGGUCUGUUUCUCCUUUCUAAGGCAGGACUGCGGAGACUGCAGCUUUUCCGUGGGGAGGAAUCUAACACCAUCAUAGUGUCUGCCAGAUUGGUGUCCUCCAUACAAGCUGUCUUGGCCUCCACAGCAGGAUACAUUGUAGCCACUUCUUGCAAGGAUGUCAUUGAGGAUCGGCACUGGCUCGCUGCCACUUACACACGCUUUGCUGUUCCAUACUUUAUCUAUGAUGUGUACGCCAUGUACCUGUGCUAUUGGCAUAAACACAAGGUGAAAGACCACGCCAGCGGCUGGCAGCUCACCAGGGCCUAUCUGCGAAAGGAGUUUCUAAUGGUCCUUCAUCACGUCUUCAUGGUGGCUGUCUGCUUCCCUGUGUCUGUGCUCUGGAGAGAAGGGAAGGGAGAUUUCUUUUUGGGCUGCAUGCUGAUGGCCGAGGUCAGCACACCUUUUGUCUGUCUGGGCAAGGUCCUCAUCCAGUACAAGAAGCAGCACACCCUACUGCACCGUGUUAAUGGCGUGCUGAUGCUGGUGACAUUUUUCUGCUGCCGACUCCUGCUCUUCCCCUACAUGUACUGGGUGUACGGGCAGCGAGUGGGCCUCCCUCUGUACAAAGUUCCCUUCAGCCUCUCCCCAGAGUAUAACAUUGGAGCUGCUAUCCUCAUGGCGCCUCAGGUCUACUGGUUUUACCUAAUCUGCCAAAGAGCUUACACUCUAUUCCGGCAGUCUAUACUUUGCCAGCGGCCCAAGAACGGACAUCCAGCUUCGGAAAUCUCAGCCAAAGAUCAGGACUGCUCGCAGUGACAUUGGCCCUUUUCACUUUCAUUCUACUUACCCUCACCCUGCAGGAUUCAGUGACCCCUCCACCCGAAAGAGACCCCGCAGGGCCAGGGGAGCAUUAAAAGACUGUGUCUUUCACUGGAGGCAAUAAGGCACCUUGUGAUGCUCUGCUUAAAUGGAAAGUAUUGUAAUUAUGUUGGAGAGAGAGAGGUAGGGAUGCAGUAUCCCACGUCUGUAGCUUUGGAGGGGUAUAAUGAAAUGUAUGCCUUGCCCAAAGAAUGCCAGUAUUAACUUACCCUGCAAAACACCACGUAACCACAGGGUGUCAUCAGUCUUCAGCACCAUUGAAGUGUAUGCCCCUUGCAGUACAUGUAGUGACCACAUGGUGUCAUCAGUCUUACACACCGUUGAAGUGUAUGCCCCUUGCAGUACAUAUAGUGACCACAUGGUGUCAUCAUUCUCACACAUCACUGAAGAGUAUAUCCCAGCAGUACAUAAUGCCAGAUUAGAAUAUGACAUAAUCCGAGGUGUGACUAUGUCCUCAGAUCCCCCAGGUAGUCUCUGUUUACUAUUUGGCACACAGCGUUAGAUUCUGCACACACACACACACACAUAGUGACUGCAGAGUGAUAGUGUAGGUGACAAAAGCAUACAGCUUGCAAUGCCCACAAGUAACCUCUAGGAGUCACUGUUCCUCUAUUGAUAUUUAACACAUGGUCAUUACUGGCUGAGGACAACCACACAUCCCAGACAGGUCAGCAGCCACAGCGCUUACCUGCAGCGAAGGAUUCUGGGAAGGAGAGGCUCAUAAUGAACCCCUUUUUACCCACAUACUUUACCCUGUGUGCCCUGUCGCAAACAGCUGAUAAGACAGCCUGGGUGAGAGGGCGCAGCUCAGAGAGUCCUCUUAUUCACUGGACACAAGAAUGUCACCCACAUGGUAUUAUUCACAGUAUCAGUAUAAUAGCGCCAUCCAGUGAGAGAGCGAACACCAUCGGCAUACUCCCAUCCAUUCACACACACGCACUCAUUCACAUACACUAACAUACAUUCACACACACGCAAUCAUUCACAUACACUCACAUACAUUCACACGCACUCACUCAUUCACAUACACUCACAUACACACACGCACUUAUUCACAUACACUCACAUACAUUCACACACACGCACUCAUUCACAUACACUCACAUACAUUCACACACACGCACUCAUUCACAUACACUCGCAUACAUUCACACACACGCACUCAUUCACAUACACUCACAUACAUUCACACACACGCACUCAUUCACAUACACUCACAUACAUUCACACACACUCACACAUACUCAUAUACACAUACUCACAUACAUUCACACACACCACUCAUUCACAUACACUCACAUACAUUCACACACACGCACUCAUUCACAUACACUCACAUACAUUCACACACACUCACACAUACUCAUAUACACAUACUCACAUACAUUCACACACACGCACUCAUUCACAUACACUCACAUACAUUCACACACAUGCACUUAUUCACAUACACUCACAUACAUUCACACACACGCAGUCAUUCACAUACAUUCACACACACACACGCACUCACUCAUUCACAUACACUCACAUACAUUCACACACACGCAGUCAUUCAUUCACAUACAUUCA